ACAAGAUGCACGUCACAUCCACCAUCAACCAGCUAGUCUUCGCCGGCGCCCUACUUUCGGUCUCAGCCGUCUUGGCCGCACCAGCGGGAGGAGCUAUUGACUAUUACCCAGAUUGGGCCCCGAGCUCUUCGUCGAGCGGACGAGCAUACAGCGAUGGGCCGAUCUCCAACCUGCAGGCCCCGGCCGCGUCCCAGGGCGACCUGUUGGGCGGCCUUCUAGGCGACGGACUCACCGGAGGACAAGACUCCUUGACCAACAAUGGCCUCCUCGGCCUCGGUCUCAACGGCCAGCCCGGCGAUGCUGUCGGCACUAACCUUCGUCUCCUCGACGGCGGAUCAUCUUCUGGGGGACCGUUGGGUGCUGGGCUUGGUGAAGGGCUCUAUGGCCCAUUAGGACAGCUCCUCUAA